AUGGCUUCGUCUGGCUCGCAGGAAAAGAAAGCCAUCCCGCGAUUCGCCAGCUUCAAGCCCCGACCAGCUCCGCCCGAUAACGAUCGCCCCCCGGAGCUCCCCAGCCGCGAACGAGUCGAGUCCGAGGACAGAUCCAGGCAUCGGUCGAAAUAUCGCUCGAAACAUGAUAGUCAUCAUCGCCACCGGUCGCGGUCAAGAGACCGUAGAAGCGAUCGCAGGGACUCUCGUCGUCCGCGAAAGGAACCCAGUCGUCGCGAUAAGGGCCACCUGCGCGAGCCUACGCCGCCUUCGAGGAAUAGUGUGAGGGAGACAAUAGGAGACUCGUCUGAUAUCUAUGUGGUUGACCGCAAAGGAGACAAGUACACGCUGAUAUACGGGACGAUACAUCGCUAUAGCGUCCCUCACUAUUACCGCAUUGGCCGGGGCCGCGUAUUAGGGCUUCCCUCGAACUAUAGAAUCGAUCGGGAAACAAUUGGGGAGAAUGAGAUCGUCGUGAGGUCUGAAACGACUCGCACCGACUCCUCGAAGAGCAGGUCGAAGAGGUUAUUAUCCAAGUCCGAGAAAUCGCAGCCGAGGCUGCUCCGAGUCCGACCGACAUCGUCCACAAAUGAUCCGAUCGCGUCGUCCGAGGAUUUUGUCCCUUUGUCAGACUCCCGUCGACAGAAAGACGUCGAGGCAUUUGCGGGAUCAGAUGGAGAGGAUGAGAAGUAUGGAUAUCGGUCGAUUCACGGCAAGCUAAAGCCGGACGAAGAUCUGCCUAGCGACCUGGAACAGGUGACAGAUUCCGAGCUGAGUGGCGGGGAAGCUGCGCGACAAGACCCGGACUGGGAUAUCAAACAACGAAACGUGGAACUAUCUCGGGGCGUUACAGAGCGACCUACUGAUAUCGAUGCGUGGCUACGGCUCAUUGAUCACCAAGAAACUGUCCUUAGAGGCUCAGGGGGAAAAUCUAGCUCCUUGACAAGCGCCGAGCAGCACAGUCUAGCUGAUAUCAAAAUCUCCCUGUAUGAAAAAGCAUUGAAGAAAGUUGGCCAGGGCCCCGGCCGAGAUCGCCUACUUAUCGGACUGUUAAACGAAGGCACGAACCUCUGGGACACGAAAAAGGUGCUGGCACAGUGGCAUGCUACUCUGAAGGCCAAUCCUCAAUACAUCAGCCUGUGGAUGAAAUAUCUUGAUUUUUGCCAAACCGAGUUUCUCAAUUUCACACACGAACGGUGCCUCGCAACAUUUGUUGAGUGUCUGCGUCUCAACAUGGCCUCGCCCGAUAGCCCCGAGAGGGCUCGUGUGCAAAUAUACCUAUUUCUCCGUCUAACACUAUUUCUACGUGAAGCGGGAUACAUGGAGCAGGCGACUGGCCUUUGGCAGGGCAUCCUAGAACUCACAUUCUACCGACCGCAAGAUUUCGACAGCCCGGUUACGGAUGAAGUGCUUUCAGCAUUUACCGAUUUCUGGGACGCGGAGGCCGCGCGGAUUGGUGAGCUCGGAUCAAAGGGCUGGAAGAAUAGCAAGGCGGCCUUGUUCGACCCGAAAACCUUCGAGCCGCAGUGCCAACUCAACUCAAAGUCUAUAUUCGUGUCUUGGACGGCUUGUGAGAGAGAACGUAUGUUCAACGCUCAGCUUCCGGCUCGGAGCUUGGAUCAACCAGAAGAUGAUCCGUACCGUGUGGUCCUUGCAAGUGACCUCAAACGAUUUCUUCCUCUGGCUGCGCUACCCAAUUCAACACCUGAGCUCGUCGAUAGUUUUCUUUACUUCAGUCAACUGCCGCCCAUCAUCAAUGUCAACAAUUAUAACACAACCGGGCAUUGGAUGGGUGACAGCUUCCUGCGAAAUGAGAUAUCAGCUGCCUCGUAUGGGAACCUAGAUGACUGGCUUUCAACGGCAGGCACCACGUCAGAGUCCGGAAUCUUACCAACCAUAUUUCCCCACCAAUACUUUGUUCACGACUAUGACAGCUAUUUUGCGGACCCUGCGGCGUGGUUCUCGUCUUUCAAUACUUGGCUUAAAGCAACCUCCACCCCAGCAGGCAUUGUUGUUCGCGACUGGGUCCGAAGGACACUCAGGCUACUGGUCGAUGCGGACAUGUCGAAUGAAGAUUUGGCCGAGUUUACCGUCGCGGUUGAAUUCGCCUGCAACGCUAAAGAGGCUAAGAAGUAUGCUAAAUCACUUCUCAAGAAGAGGUCCUCCUGCCUUCGGCUGUAUAAUGCGUAUGCACUCAUGGAGCGGCGAGCCAGCAAUUACACAGCUGGUGAUCAUGUAUGGGCAACAUCUAUUUCGAUGAGCAAAUCUUUGUCCACUGAGCAAAGGGUUGACUGUGUUCUUCUAUGGCACACCUGGAUUUGGGAACUCUUGGAGGCUCGGAAUACAACUCAUGCGGCCCAUCUCCUCGUUUCCAUGCCGCAGAACCACAUCGACCUUCAAGCAUUUCCUGAUACGUCAAUUGAACCCCAGUUCAGCGCGGCGAAUCUGCUGAAGAUACGUAACUAUUUAUUGGGAACCCAAGAAAGCGCAAUCGCGAACCGUAAACCCAGCAUCAUCAAAGCCUGCACCAGCUGCCAGGCCAUUCUUACAUACCUGACUCACGGACAAGAUCUGAAUGCGUCCCUCGAAGCAUACACCUCCACAAUUAACAGACUCUCCGCCCUCCCAAAUCCCAACUCAGACGCAACAAAGACUUUCGUCUCAUACACAACCGAACUCCUUCACCAAUCCCGCGCAAAACUCCUCUACUACCACCUCCGCACAAGUACCCUCUACAAACCAUCCGCCAUCCGCAGCAUCCUAAACGAAAGCAUUACCGCAUUUCCCCACAAUACAAUCACCCUCUCCCUCUUUGCCUGGAACGAAUCCCGCUUCCGCAUUGAAGAGCGUGUACGCGAUAUCAUGCGCGAUAUCACCGCCACAGCCACCUCUCCAUCCUCGUCCCAGUCCGCCCCAAUUCCAAUAACAUCCCACCUCUUCUCCAUCCACACCGAGCUCAACCGCCCCACAUACGCCGGCUCGACGUUGCACUCCGUCCGAGCAGCUUUCGAAAAGGCCAUCGGCGACCAAAACCAGAGCUCUUCUUAUCCCUCCACAUCCUCCUCCUCCGGACGCACCAGCAUAUCCCUCUGGAAACUGUACAUCCUCUUCGAGAUCUCGCGGCGCGAAAUCACGCGCGCAAAGAACGUCUUCUACCGCGCGAUGCGUGCGUGUCCGUGGUCAAAGGAUAUCCUCAUGUUGGCGUUCACUCAUUUGCGCGAGGACGUCGUUGCUGAGCAGCACGGUGACAACGGCGGCAAGGGAAUGAACUUCCAUGAGCUGCGGCAUGUGUAUAAUGUCCUCGUUGAGAAGGAGCUGAGGAUCCAUAUCGAUAUUGAGCGCGAGCUGGAUGAGAUGGCGCUCAAGAUGGAGCGGAGUGCGUUGGAGAUGCAUAUGCCUAUCUCUAUGCCUGAUGAUAAGGACGGGAGCGAGGACGAGGAGAUGCAGAUGUAA